CAUUCAAGAAAAAGCAAAACGAUAAGCAGGAAGCAGGAAUACACCAUGAAGGCCCCAAUGCUGUGCAUGAUAAUGAUCCUCAUUUUAUUGGAAGGAUUUGCACGACGUAAGCACAAGCAGCAAAGAACGGGCGAAAUCAGCGCCAUAAUCUGUGGCGAGAAUGAGUCUUAUGGCUGUAAGGUGUGCUUUGAGCCAUCUUGCAAUCAACUGCUCUACGAUCACGAACCAUGUCCACCGGGUUGUGUUAAGACCUGCAACUGUAAUAUUGGUUUUGUACGCAGGAAGGACAAGUGCGUGCUCAAGGAGCAAUGCUGUGUGGGCGAUAUAUGUAAGACGAAGAAAGAGCUGGCCGUGAGAGAGGCCCAGGAGCAAGGUGUUACCCCCGAUCCAAAACGCUGGGCUCGGCCAGAAUUUGAUAUGGAAUUGGAACAAAUGGAAAAUAUUGUGAACGCUGUUGUAGCAUAUCUACCCUACCAUUUUAAUAAAUCAAAGGGUAUAACAAUCCGUUAAUACAUUGUGACACUUUGUCAUAAUGAAUACAAAUAUACAAAUGCCCGAAGACCACUAAGAAUUACAUAAACAUUCCAGCGCACAAGCAAUACGAUCCAUCGCUUAUAUUCAAGCCGAUCGCGGAGCGUUGGAAUGCUGAGCAUGCACUUUGCAGCUCAACCCAUACACGACAUAUGCAUGCCUUCUGCAUACAUAUGUAUAUACAUAUAUAUAAACACAUAGAUAUAAGCAUUGCAUGUUUUCGGGUUAGCUGGACCCAAGAUCAGUAAGUAAGAUUCAUUCGGAAUAAAGUAACAGAACGGAGCAGACGCUCCUAGGAAAAGAUUAAUAAUAAAGUUAUUAAGGAAGAACCUUACACUGUACCGGAGGAUAAAGGAAUAAUCAGAAAGCUUUUUGAUAAGGUCGCAGGUAUUGCAGGUAUCGCAGGCCAGAAAAUGAGAUGGAUGUCGAAGUUAAAGCAAAUCCACCUGAAUAAAUAUUAAUCGAUAUGUCCUUCUA